AUGAAAAGAGAGAUGUCAUCACUUUCAGAUACAAUCAGAGCCAUAGAGGAGGAAACUGAAAACAUCUCUUCCCUGCACACCUACAAGGGCAUGGUGAAAAUAACUGCACACUGCCGGACUCAAUGCAGGACUCAGGAAUGCUAAAAGUAUGAAAAAUGUAUGAACUCACUAACUGUAAGUCGCUCUGGAUAAGAGCGUCUGCUAAAUGACUAAAAUGUAAAUGUAAUAGACAUGUCCAAACACCUGGACAAUCUGUCCUUCAGUGUCUGGGAAAAGAUGCAUGAAAUAGCAGAAUACACUCCUGUGAUUCUGGACCCCCAACACGCUAUCUCACCCUGUCUGGUAAUCUGACCACCUUGAGGUACAACAAUAGUGAUGACAAAAUCCCUGCCAACCCAGAGAGGAUUUAUGACCAUGGGAUGGUGCUGGACUCUGUGUGUUUUGACUCAGGGACACACUGCUGGGACGUUGAGGUUGGGGACUGCCUGGACUGGGACAUGUGGGUGAUCAGUCGUCCAUCAAGGGAAAUUAUGAGUUGUUUAAGGAAAUAUGGGGUGUUGCUGCGUGUGACUGGUUUUAGAGCAUAUUCACCAUCACAGAAACCCAUUUUCCUCAAAGUGAAGCAUGAUGUCCAGAGGACUGUGAGAGUGGAAGUCUGUCUUUAUCCUACCCAGUCAACAGCAAACACCUUCACACGUUUACAUACAUCUUUGGAAAAGUCUUCCCAUACUUCUAUAAUCUGA